AUGGCUGAGGCAACCGAAAGUCCUCUUCAAUGUAGCACGAAUAGCUUGCCCCACAAAAGUGUGUCCCCCUUCACACCUGCGGCUAGUGCCCGUCAUCAAGUAACGGUAGCAGACGGCAAAAUUACGCUGCUUCACCGCAUCGGCAGUGGAGCUUUCGGUGAAUUAUAUGUUGGGGUUGACAAACGUUCGAAUAAAAAACUGGCGGUGAAGUUGGAAAAGCGCAAUAUAGCACAUCCGCAACUUUGCUACGAGAAUAAAGUGUACCAUUUGCUACAUAGCGGUGGUGGUAAUGCGCUGGGAAUUCCGCGUAUUUACUUCUAUACCACGGAAUCAACUUGUAACGUACUCGGUAUGGAACUUUGUGGGCCGUCGUUAGAGGAUCUCUUUAACUAUUGCGGAAGGCGCUUCACCAUCAAAACGGUUUGCAUGAUUGCCCAUCAAAUGAUCAACCGUAUAGAGUUUGUGCACAGUAAAGGAAUCAUACAUCGAGAUAUUAAACCUGAAAACUUUGUGUUUGGUGAGGGUAAUAGGACGCAUGUUCUCUAUAUUAUUGACUUUGGUUUAAGUAAACCGUAUUGGGACAGGCGACGUCAGGUUCACAUUCCCUUCUGCGAGGGAAAAUCUAUUACGGGAACGGUGCGUUACUGCAGCUCAUGGACCCACAAGGGUUAUGAGCAGGGUCGUCGUGACGAUAUGGAGUCUAUAGGGUUUAUUCUUGUUUACUUUAUGAGUGGUACGUUGCCGUGGCAGGGAACUACAGUUAGAGAUGCAGCACAGAAGGUGGCUGUGAUUGGGGAGAAGAAAAAUGCAACUUCGGUGCGGGAACUUUGCAACGGACUCCCCAACGAGUUGCUGCAGUAUUGCGCGUAUUGUAGGCGUUUAGGCUUUACAGAUCGACCGGAUUAUGACUACCUGCGUGGACUUUUUUCACAACUUGCGCGGAAACAAAAGGGUGAACAAACCCCACAGUCGGCAGCAUCAUCCAUACUGGCACCUGCAGCACCACAAACAUUAUCGCCACCAGCCGCACCGAAGAAUCGCACAACGACAACUUCACCUGAGCCAAAUGUUAGCUGGGCACCAGAUCUUGGAAUGGACAGGACAAUAGUAAGUGAAUAUGAUUGGAUGUUUGACUGGUUCUUGAAGCGGAGGAGCGAAGUGAGUGGAGUCCCGUGGCGGAGUCAUUCCUUCAGGCGACAAUAA